AUGUGCACCAGCGGCCAGAUCAUUGGGAGCCUGUUGGUGCUCUCUGUGCUGGAGAUAGGGCUGGGGGUGUCCAGCGUGGCCGUGGGAGCGGUCAGCUUCAGCCUGGCCCUCCGAGAACACAAGCCGCAGCUCGGAGACUCGUCCCCGUUUCUUCUUUGUGGCGUAUGUGGAAUACUGUGUGCCAAAAAGAAAUCUGGACUUGUCAUGAUCCUUUUUUCAGCCUGCUGUAUCUGCGGACUCAUUGGGGGCAUCCUGAAUUUUCAGUUCCUUCGGGCAGUCACAAAGAAGACCUCGUCCCUGUACCCUCUGCACGUCGCCUCCAUGUCCCUGGCGUGCAUUGGGAUCGGGGGCUGCACCCUCUCUUCAUGGCUCACCUGUCGACUAGCCAGCUAUGAACAGAGAAGGAUGUUCUCGGAAAGGGAACAUUCGCUGCAUCAUUCUCAUGAAAUGGCUGAGAAAGAAGUGACAGACAACAUGAGCAAUGGAGGACCACAACUGAUAUAUAAUGGAAGAGUGUAG